AUGCCCCCGAGAACACGUCGUGGUGGUAAUCAUCAACCACGUCCUGUUUAUGAUACAAUCAUAGCUGAUAUGCAACGAGAAAUCCAACGACUCCAACAACGUCUUACACGUUAUGAAGCUGCCGCUGGUCCAUCCCGUCAGUCAGAUGACGAACAAUCAGACGGUGAAGAUGAAGAAGUCAAUCCAUUUCACCAACCCGAUGGUGAAUCAUCAAGUGGAGAAACAUCCAAUACCAGGCGAACCCGUCAUCCCCAACACCGAGAAAAAGAUUUGGGAAUAAAAGUUGAUAUUCCUGAUUUUGAAGGAGGUGUUCAUCCAGACGAUUUUAUUGAAUGGCUUCACACCGUUGAACGUGUCUUUGAUUUCAAGGAUAUUCCAGAUGAUCGCAAGGUCAAGAUAGUUGCAAUCAAGUUCAAGAAGCAUGCAUCCAUUUGGUGGGAGAAUCUUAAGAGACAACGAGAACGAGAAGAUCGUAGUAAAAUUCGCACAUGGGAUAAAAUGAAGCGUGAACUCAAGCGCAAAUUUUUACCAAGUCAUUAUCAUCAAGAUAUAUUUCUUAAGUUCCAUCACCUGGAACAAGGAAGCAAAUCUGUGGCAGAGUAUAUUGCCGAAUUUGAAGAUUUAUCAAUGAAGUGUGACAAUGCCGAGCCUGAAGAGCAGACCAUUGCAAGAUUCUUGACACGCCUGGACCCGAAGAUCUCUAAAGUUGUACAACUCCAGCAAUAUUGGUCGUUCAACGAUGUCACCAAGCUAGCCUUAAAAGUUGAAAGCCAACAAACAAAAGAGAAGACCGGAUUCAAAACUGUCACGAAAGAGACACCUUAUCGUGGUAACCCUUCAACAAGGUUUCCACCACCAAGAGCUAACUCCAGCACCACAAUGAAAAAGGUCGAGAAUCCAGCCGCAACCAGCAAGCCUUUCAAGCAAGUAAGUAAUCCUACUUCGAGGAGAUGUUUUAAGUGUCAAGGAUUCGGACACAAUGCUUCAGAAUGUCCAAAUUCUAGAAUAAUCUCUUUUGUCGAAGAAGAAUUAUUUGAAGACGAUCAAGUUGAGGAAAGCCAAGAAGAUGAAGCUGAUCAAGAGGUCCUACAUGCAGACAAAGGUGAAUCACUCGUUAUUCGACGUAUCCUCAACGCAGCUCCUAUUGAAGAAGAUGAAUGGUUGCGCCACAACAUCUUCCACACUCGGUGUACAUCUCAUGGGAAGAUAUGCAAUGUCAUCAUCGAUAGUGGCAGUUGUGAAAAUGUUGUUGCCGCGACAAUGGUCGAGAAAUUGAAGUUGCCUACAAAGGAUCACCCUUAUCCUUACAAGCUCACAUGGUUGAAGAAGGGGAAUGAUGUCAAGGUCACUAAACGAUGCCUAAUUGAUUUCUCCAUUGGUAAGAAAUACCAAGAUAAGGUAUGGUGUGAUGUCAUUCCUAUGGAUGCUUGUCAUUUACUUUUGGGUCGUCCAUGGCAAUAUGAUCGUCAUGCAAUUCAUGAUGGUUUUAAAAACACUUAUUCCUUUGAAAAAGAUGGUAUUAAAAUUGUUUUAGCUCCAUUUAAAAGGGAUAUGUUAGCAAAGCCAAGCCAAGAGAAGAGUCUCACCGUGUCUGAAUCAAUGUUUACUAUGGCGUUAGAAGAAUCGAGAGUUGCUUGUGUCCUUGUCAUGCUAGAAGAGAAUAAAGAAGAUCAAGGGAUUCCUGACGAGAUCACGCCUCUACUUCGUGAAUUCAAUGACAUUGUGCCUGAAAAAAUCCCACCUGGUCUACCUCCAAUGCGUGACAUUCAACAUUGUAUUGAUUUUGUUCCUGGUGCAGUGAUUCCAAACAAAGCUGCAUAUCGAAUGAGUCCAAAAGAGCAUGAAGAACUUCAGAGACAAGUCACCGAGCUUAUGCAGAAAUGUUUAGUUCGUGAAAGUGUGAGUCCUUGCACAGUUCCAGCACUCCUUGUGCCAAAGAAAGACGGAUCAUGGCGUAUGUGCAUCGAUAGUCGUACUGUCAAUCGGAUCACAAUCAAAUACAGAUUUCCUAUUCCUCGCCUUGAUGACCUACUAGAUCAAUUGCAUAAUGCUUUUUUAUUUUCCAAAAUUGAUCUACGAAGUGGGUACCAUCAGAUUCGAAUGCGACCUGAAGAUGAGUGGAAGACUGCAUUCAAGACUAGAGAUGGAUUAUACGAGCGGAUGGUCAUGCCAUUUGGUCUUUCAAAUGCACCGAGCACUUUUAUGCGAUUGAUGAAUCAGGUAUUCCGCCCUUUCAUUGGAAAAUUCGUGGUUGUUUAUUUUGAUGACAUCCUUGUGUAUAGUCGAAAUUCUGAAGAACACUUGGAGCAUUUGCGGCAAAUUUUUCAAGUUCUUCGUGAACAGAAAUUGUAUGCCAAUUUGAAGAAAUGUCACUUCUUGACUGACAAAGUGGUAUUUCUUGGGUACGUUGUAUCAAGCAAUGGGAUUGAGAUGGAUCCCAGCAAAAUUGAGGCAAUUAUUAGCUGGCCAAUUCCUCAAUCAAUACAUGAUGUUCGCAGUUUUCAUGGCCUAGCAUCUUUCUAUCGCCGCUUCAUCAAGAAUUUCAGCACUAUUGCCGCCCCACUCACUGAAGUAUUAAAAAAAGAAAAGUUUGAGUGGACCCGAGCUGCCCAACAAAGCUUUGAAGAACUCAAAGAAAUUAUCACGAGAGCACCAACUCUAGCCUUGCCAGAUUUUGACAAGCUUUUUGAAGUAGAUUGUGACGCUUCAGGAGUUGGUAUAGGUACAGUUCUCAGUCAAGAGGGUCGACCAAUUGCCUUCUUUAGUGAGAAACUCAAUGAAUCAAGGCGUAAGUACUCAACGUACGAGAAGGAAUUUUAUGCAAUUGUACGAGCCUUAGAUCACUGGAGUCACUAUUUGCUAGCUAAGGAAUUUGUGUUGUAUUCUGAUCAUGAGUCACUCAAGUAUCUUCACAGCCAACAAAAGCUCCAGCGUCGUCAUGCAAAAUGGAGUGAGUUUUUAUCUCCUUUUCACUUUGUCCUUAAGCACAAGUCUGGAACUCAAAAUAAAGUUGCUGAUGGUUUAAGUAGACGACAUGCUUUGCUCUCAACUCUUCAAGUCAAAGUAAUUGGUUUUGAAGUUCUCAAGGAUUUGUAUGAAGAUGAUGAAGACCUUGGAGAAUUCUAG